AUAAAAUGCCGGUGGGCGGGACUUCCUGUGCUCGUUCCCGUUCGACCCUCUGUUUAUUUUUGCAGAGCCACACAUCGUCCAUACAGAGGUCCCACUUUCUUUCAUUGAAUAUCUCACAUCAUGCCAGACCUCCUUGUGAAUAGGAGUUGCUUCCUGUGUUUCUUAUUAGUUCUGUUAGCGCCAUCUAGCUCACAGCAGGAGGAGGAGAGGAAGCUGUUACUGGUGUCCUUUGAUGGCUUCCGGUGGGAUUAUGUGAAUCGGGUGCCCACACCAAAUUUCCAUGCGUUGAUGGAAGAGGGCGUACAGGUGGAGCAAGUGGAAAACACCUACAUCACAAAGACCUACCCUGACCACUACACCUUAGUGACGGGAUUGCAUGCUGAAUCCCAUGGCAUUGUCGCCAACGAAAUGUAUGACCCGAUUCAUAACCGGUCCUUUUCCAUGGAAGGGCCUGAAGUGUAUGAGGCAUGGUGGUGGGAGCAGGCUGUGCCGUUGUGGGUGACCAAUCAAAAGGCAGGAAGGAAGAGCGGAGCUGCCAUGUGGCCGGGAUCGGAUGUAGCGAUUGGUGGAACGUACCCGACGCAUUACUUGAUGUAUAAUGCAUCAAUGCCCUUUGAGAGGCGAGUUGAGAAUCUCAUUGACUGGUUCUCAGGGCCAGAUGCCAUCAAUUUUGGUGUUUUAUACUGGGAGGAGCCAGAUGAGAGCGGCCAUAAUUUUGGGCCGGAGAGUCCGCUAAUGGAUGGCGUCAUUGCAGAGAUUGAUGAGAAAUUGGGAUUCCUCAGGGACAAGCUCAAAGCAGCUGGCCUUUAUGAGAAAGUCAAUCUUAUUGUCACAAGUGAUCAUGGAAUGACACAACUGUCACAUGAUAAGAUUAUUGAGCUGGACACAUAUGUCAGUCGAGAUCUUUACACUUGGAUUGACAAGAGCCCUGUAGUGGGCAUUUUGCCCAAAGAAGGCAAACUGGAAGAGGUCUACAAGUUAUUGAAGAACGCCAAUCCUAACAUGGUUGUGUAUAAGAAAGAGGAGAUCCCAGAUCAUUACCACUACAGACACAAUGUCAGGAUAAUGCCUGUGAUCAUAGAGGUCAAAGAGGGAUGGACAGUCAUGCAGAACAGAAAUGGAUCUUUUAUGUUGGGAAACCAUGGUUAUAACAACAGCCUUCCCAGCAUGCACCCUGUUUUUGUUGCCCGUGGACCCGCUUUCCGUCGUGACUACACCAAGGCCUCCAUGAAGUCUGUGGACCUAUAUCCUCUCAUGUGCGACAUUCUUGGUGUCAAGCCCUUGCCCAAUAAUGGCUCUCUGUCAAACGUGCAAGAACUUUUAGUGGAGACCUCAACCCCAAAGCCAGUAGUAGUACCCGUGCCAAAGGAGCCUUCAUACGCCUGGGCGGUGGGAUCCAUCCUUGGCACCACCCUUGUGGUUGGGUUUCUCUUUAUCUUUGUGAAGCAGGUGACACAAAGGCAGCUCCCCCCUCUGCAUCUGUCCAACAGUGAGAUAACACAGCCCUUACUGUAGGACCAGUUCACAUCUGUAAGAAAUAUUCAGCCUUUCUUAUUUUGACAUUAGGUUUCUGGUCACUUUUCUUAUUGGAGGUUUUCAAAACAUGUAGCACUGACCAGUUUCCAGUGCCACGAAUCUUAUUUCGGUAUAAAUUCUGUUACUUGGCAGUUACGAUUUUCAGAGUCAGGGUGAUCACUAGAAUCAAAAAGCGAUCUGUAUUUGUGGUACCAUGCCAAAGCUGAUUAUACCAAAAGCAAUAUGGGGAACCGUGCUAGAGUUGGACAAUGAUAGCCCAAUCAUUGAAAUUUAAGCCAACAGUGCCCUCUUUUGGCAAAGCUGUCAAUGAUAACUUUAUUCGUGUCACCUAAAAUCUAGCAUUCAAAGAAAAAAGAUGUUAGCACCCCUAGGUUGUUCCUUUAAAUUUGAAUCUUUCAUUAAAGCAAUAGUUCACCCAAAUAAGAAAAUGCUCUCAUCAUUCACUCAUGCUAUCCCAGAUCACUUUGAUCCAACAAAUAAUUUUAUAUUGACAUAAAAUUUAAUACGAAAUACAAAGGACAGCUACUUGUGAGAUGAGUACAUUAUGAGGCAAUUUUCAUAUUUAUGUGAACUAUUUCUGGAACGAAUGAGACAUCUACUUGGAUUUGCACUCUUGGGUUUGCAUUCACCGAAUAUAUAAAAAGAUGGUUUAUGCCAUGGUUUAAAAUUUAAAGGGACGUUAGUAGCUGUUACUUUUUACAGUUUGUUGCUUUUUCCUAUUCCCAUAAUUAUUUUCUUUAUUAAAACUUGCAAUGCAAUUGUUUGGUUAGGAGAUAUUUAGCGUUUUGAAAAGAAGCAGGUAGUUUUGAGACUACCCCUAUGUUGCACUAAGAUCAAUGUAAUUUCAUCAGGAUAGAGAUGAAAUAUUAGACCUGUAGGAUGUUUUAGCUUAUCUGCAUUUUGCACAAUGUGAUACCAUUUCUAAUUAAUAGAAAAAAGAGAUGGGUGCCAAAAUCUUCGUUUUGCUUUAAAUUUAAUAAUAGAAUAGUAUUUAAAAAUCCCUUCAUUGGGCAAAAACACUGUGAUGUCUUCAACUGGUUCAAAGAUGAAGAGAAACAAAUAUUUAUGUUAUUUGAUAUAAAUGUUGCUGAAAUAGUUUGUAGUGAGUUGCUUGCAGAAAUGUUUCUAUCGUCAAGGGGGGAAUUUCUAUAUGGACGUGUGCAGAGAUUGUUGUGCGUUGUCUAGAGUAUUUCCAUGAUUUACUGGAUUAGAUUUACAUGUUCUGGAUUUUACAACCGGAUUUCUUAUUUUGUCCCAUAAGCGAUACAUUACUUUCAACGUGUUACAUUAAAGAUAAAUAAAUGCCUGGUUUGGAAACUCAUUUCUUGACUGUGCAUAUAAAUACAUGCACCGUGGAAAGCAAAACUCAAACUGGUAUAACCGAGGUGUGCCCCCACAGUGCAUGAAAAUAUCCUGCCUUAUAUUAGUGAUCGUUGAGUUGACCUUUAUUAAUGAGGAUGAAGCACAUGAUGAAGAAACACUAUCUGUGCGCUCUGAGAGAGUUAAAGAGGGCAAUGCUUCUAUUCAAUAUGACACGUGUGAAUGUGAGGAUUAUAUUUCAUGUGACUGCUGUCUCUGUUAUUGUAGGACAUUUUACAACCUUCCCCAGAAACUGAACAGAAGAAAUGUCAAUGAGAUUCACUAGAGAAGCUGAUUCUAAAUAAAUAAGGCUAAAUAAGAAAAUGUCAGGGUUGAAUUUAGUAGUCAGUUGAAGAAAAAUCUGAUGGUCAUCUCAAUCCUGACUCUGGUUUGACUGAGGACCACAUUGAAGUGGUUCUGUGGUCAGGAUAACAAAAACCUCUGGCAGACAUAAGAACCCCUGUCUCACACCAACAGGCUAUCAAAAAGUCCUGUCAUAGAACAAAGAAGAGAAGAUUGUACUGACAUUUGAAAUUGAGUUUUAGUCACAUAUUUAAUUCAUUUACAGGGUUUUGUACUGUUCCCCAUUUACUUUACCUUCCUUAAAGCACUGACACAACACGGAUGCAUUAGGGAAUGUUGUAGGCAUUAAAGUAUUAAAAACUUCUUAUACAUUUUAAAUGUAUUCCUACUGUAUGAUACAUCAUUUAGGUGAAUUCUAAGUGUAACUUGAUAAAAAUAUUAAAAUAGCUGUGUUAAAAGA